GUGAGGGGAUCAGCUUCAGUGGGAGGCAGCUGCUGGAGUGAAAAUGGAUCUGAGGCAUGCUGGGUUUUUGUUACUGCUGCUCUGUUCUGCCUAUUGUUAUCAGUUCAGAGGUGGAGCUGGGUAUGGCCUGUUUGUCCCAGACCCUGAACAAGAGUGGGAGAGAAUGGAGGCAGUCAUAGGUGAAGAAAUGGCGGAGGCCCUUGCACCUGAAAGCAAACUCUUGAAGAGAUCACAACCACAAAUACCUGAAGCAAAGAAAGUUCCUGAGUAUCUGGCUGUGCCAGUUGCUGAAGACCGGAAAGAGGCUUUCAAGCCAGAGAAAGGUGCCAGAGCCCUCCCUGACUGGCUCAAAGAGAGGUUACGUAAGACUGCCUCCUCUACUUCAGCAGCUGGAAAGACAGCCAGAUCCAGGGUGGUAGAAGUCCUGUGCCAUGUUGACAGAAUGUAUGUAAGAAUCAAGAGAGAGGUCUUCAAGACUAGUAGUGCAUACAAAUAUUUGAAAUUAGGCAAGUGUGCUGUUAACCAAGGGACCAAAGCUCAUUACUACCUGCUGUACCUUCUGACAACUGACUGUGGAUUCAACAAGGAGAGUAAAACAGAUUAUCGGUCAGUUAAGGUUCCGCUGCGCUACAAUCCAACCACAGAAGUUUUAAGAGAAAUGCCAUUUAACGUUACUGUGGAGUGUAAAUAUCCCAGGUUGUUUCACUCAUACAAAGUUGGCUUCUAUCCCAUAGUACAGGGAGGCACCAUUCCAAAAAAACUCCAACCGAAAAGCGGCUUCAUCCUUACUCUUCAAGAUGCAUCAGGAAAUGAUAUCACUGGUUCCAAAACCUACACUUUGGGCCAGCCAAUGUACUUUGAGGCCAGGCAACCCAGCAGCACAAUGUCUGGAGAUCAGCGGCUGUACAUCAACAAGUGCUUCAUGACAGCCUCCACAGACCCCAACUCGAGUCCUAAACAUGCAUUAAUUGACAACUAUGGAUGUAUGGUUGAAGGCAAGAUGAGUGCACAGUCAAAGUUCCUCCCUACUUCCUCAAAGAUGGCACAGAAAUUCAGGGUGACCGCCUUAAUUUUCAAGGAGAAGCUUUCCUCUGCAUCACAGCAACUCUACAUGCACUGUGAUAUCUCUAUGGGCAAACUUGCUCCAACUCCGACCUCAAAGGCUUGCAACUAUGAUGCGGCUACCAAAAAGUGGAAGGCGCUGUUCGGUCCAGACUCUGUGUGCACCUGCUGUGACUCAACCUGUUCCUCAGCAAAGGCUAAGUCUUCUAGGGAUAUGAUCUCCAGUCACUCUUGGAAGGUUGACAUGAGCAGCAGAGACGGAUUUGAGGUUGAGCCUCGGAUGAAAUUCUCAGAUCCCCAUACAUUCAGGUCGGACGAUCUCGACAUGGCAGAACACGAAGACUUCCUACAGAACUGGGACCACGAUUACUAAAAGAAAUUGCUGUGAAACUGAUCAAAGUUUUAAAAUAAA